AUGGUCACACCUCCUAGUGGGGGGAACUUAGACUUGCAAAAUGAGAUGCUUCCAUUGGGUGAGUAUAUUUUCCUUCGUGUCUUACAAGCUAAUCCCAAUAUGAAAACUAUUUUGGGAAUUCCUGGUGACUUCAAUUUGAACUUGAUGGAACAUAUGUACGCUUCAAGUGUUGCUCUGAAGGCACGUUUUGUUGGUCUUUGCAAUGAGUUGAACGCCGCAUAUACUGCCUGUGGAUAUGCUCGGAGAAUGAGUGCUAUGUCUGUGUUGAUUACGACUUACGGCGUUGGUGAGUUAUCAGCAUUGAAUGGUAUUGCAGGUGCUUUUGCUGAAUAUUCCCCUGUACUUCAUAUCGUGGGAACCACAAGAAUUGUUCAAAAACAGGCUGCAGAAAGUAUAACUGACCCUCUGCAAGUUUGGAACAUCCACCAUUUGGUUCAAAAUAAAAACCCAUUGAAAUCUUCCGAUCACCAAGUGUAUGAAAAAUUGGUAGAGCCUUUUUCUGUUGCUCAAGAAUCAUUGAUCUGGGAUGGUGAAGAGAAUGCUUCUGGUGUCAACUUGGACAAGAUUGACCGUGUUUUGGUUAAAAUCAUUCAAGAAUCAAGACCUGGUUAUCUCUUUAUACCUGCUGAUAUUCCUGACACAAAGGUUCCAAAGAGCCGUUUGUCAGUACCAUUGGAUGUUGCUGAAUUAAAGGAUGAAAUCUCAAAGAACACCUUGCAAUCAUUGGUAUCGAGAAUUUUGAACAAAUUAUGUCUGGCUCGUGAACCUUCUGUAUUGGUUGAUGCUUUGGUCUCCAGAUUUGGUUAUGCACAAGAGUUGAGUUCAUUUAUCCUGACAUUACCUGCUUAUUAUGUCAAAUUAUUCUCUACUAAUUGCGGUCGUUUCUCAGACGAAACUUUGGUAAACUUUGUAGGUACUUAUGCAGGUGGAAUGUCUCCCACAAAGGAAAUCAAGACACUGCUUGAAGAUGAAACUGAUUUCCUUUUACACCUUGGUAAGUUCAACGUUGAAGUUAACUAUAAGUCUGACUUUUCCCGUAUCAGAGAUGUUGUGGUUGUACAUCCUGAUUACAUUUACAUUGAUGGAGAAUAUAUCUAUACGAAGGAUUUCACCACUGAUUCUCGUAUCUUCUCCAUUGGUGAUUUCUUGAAGGAAUUGACUACCCAAACAGAUGUUCUGGGUUUUAUCCAUCAUGCACCUCAUGUCGGUAACAUCAACUACAAAUAUAACCCUAAGUUGUUUCAUGAUCCUAAGACUCUCAAGGUUAAUGGAGUGGUAACUCAGAAGUAUUUGGUUGAUUUUUUCAACAGUUAUUUACAACCUAAUGAUGUUUUGGUAUGUGAUACUUGCACCUUUCAAUUUGCACUUGCAGAUUUAAAGAUUCCUAAAGGGGUUCAAUUUGUUUCGCAAUCAUUUUUUGGAUCCAUUGGGUAUGCUCUUCCUGCUACAUUGGGAGUUUCGCUUGCAGAGAAGGAUUUGGGUGCUAAACGCAGAGUGAUUUUGGUCGAAGGUGAUGGUUCUGCUCAAAUGACUGUUCAAGAAUGGUCUAGUUAUUUGAGAAAUGACAUUCAGCCUCCCAAGAUCUUUUUACUUAAUAAUUCGGGUUACACUGUUGAAAGAUUGAUUGAAGGACCAACUCGGUCAUACAAUGACAUUCAAAGUACUUGGCAAUGGACUGAAAUCUUGAAGAUCUUUGGAGAUGCUGAGUGUAAGAAGCAUACGAGCGCAAAGUUGAGCACUAUUAAGGAAUUUGACGACUAUUUCAUCAAGCAAAACCAUAUGAACUCGCCUAAUGACAAGAUUGAGUUUUUGGAGUUGGUUUUAGGUAAAUUGGAUGCUCCAGAACGGUUUGAAGCUAUGGUUAACUUUCGUACUUUGUGUUAA